AUGGACACGAACGAGACGGGCGCGGCGUUUCACAGGUCGAAUCUGGAGGAGUAUGAACGUGCGGACGACACCAGACCGCCUUUUAUACUCACGUCCACGGAGGCAAAGCUACUUGGUAUCGCUGGUGUCGGCUUUUUCCUCGAUGCCUAUGAUUUGUUCAUCAUCAACCCUGUCUCGACGAUGCUCCAAUUUCGUCUUUACGGGGGCUCAGCGCUCCCCUCCGGCCUUUCCGGUUUCAUGAAGGCUGGCGCAAAUAUUGGCAGUGUCAUCGGACAGUUUGGCUUCGGCUACUGCGCUGACCGCUUCGGUCGUAAGGCCAUCUACGGCAAAGAACUAAUGCUCAUCAUCCUCGCCACAAUCCUCGUCAUCGCCUGCCCAACCGGCGACCUCUCCCCGGACUCCUCCCUCAUCUGGAUCGCCUGCUUCCGUAUCCUCCUCGGCGUCGGUGUCGGCGGCGACUACCCCAUGUCCGCCUCCGUCACCUCCGACCGGUCCAACCUCCGCAAACGAGGCACUAUGCUCUCGUAUAUCUUUAGCGCGCAGGGAUGGGGGAGUUUGGUGGGCAGUUUGGUGGUGCUUGUGGUGUUGGCGUGUUAUAAACAUGUGAUGUUGGUCGAUGGGGAGACGAGUAAGGUUGAUGGAGUAUGGCGCAUCUGCAUGGCCGUCUCCCUCAUCCCCGCCUUCGGAACCCUCUACCAACGUCUCACCCUCCCCGAAUCCACCCGCUACAUCAAAUCCCAACAAUCUCCCACCACUGCCGCCCCAUCGAACGAAGAAGAGUCCUUUGACGAGAAACAUCCGAGCGGAGAGCUGGCGAAGAAGUCGCCCCGUUCGAGCGGAGAGCUUGCGAAGAAGGUCGAGGAGCCUGCGCCUGUGACUGCUGUGGCGGGUGUGCCGGUGGGGCAUCGGUCGCAUUUCCAAGAUUUCUGCAGGUAUUUCUCUGAAUGGCGCCAUGCGAAGAUCCUAAUCGGGACGUGCUCCUGCUGGUUCUUGCUCGACAUCGCUUUCUACGGCAUCAACCUGAACCAGAACGUCGUGCUGCAGCAGAUCGGGUUCGCGGGGAAGUCUGGGGCGCCGUGGACGCGUCUUUGGGAUAUCGCGAUUGGGAAUAUUAUUAUCACUGCGCUUGGUUUCGUCCCUGGCUACUACGCCACCGUCCUAACAAUCGAGAAACUCGGCCGGAAAUGGAUCCAGAUCCAGGGCUUCCUCCUCGCUGCGCUCUUCUUGGGUAUCAUGGCCGGCAGGUUCAACGAGCUGAGCACGGCGGGGUUCGUGGUCUGCUUUGCGUUCUUGCAGUUUUUCUUCAAUUUUGGGGCGAAUGCCACGACGUACAUCUACCCCGCCGAAGUCUUCCCGACGCGCUACCGCGCCACCGCACACGGUAUCUCCGCCGCGUGCGGUAAAGCGGGGGCGAUCAUCUCUGCGCUUGGUUUUAGUGCGCUUACGGACUCGGUUGGGACGCCUGCGGUUUUGUAUAUCUUCAUGGGCGUCUGCUUCGCCGGCGCGAUUUGCACGCUUUUGCUCCCUGAGACGAAGGGGUACGAUCCUGAUGUCAUCCUUGCGGAGGAGCAGAGGGAGGAGCGGGAGAGGGUGCGGUCGUGA